GGAAAUAAAAUUCAGUUGCAAUAAAUCAUUCGAGUGCGCACGUUCUUCUCAACAAAUUUUAUAAAAUAAUCGUAAUUAAUGUGAAUUAAAAAUGUCACAUGAUAUAAAAUCAAAGCAUGAAUUUGAGAAAAAACCAAUUUUUCGCAGUGAAAAUAAGGAAAAUGUUUUUAAAGAUAAGGUAGACAAUAAAAAAUCACUUGGUGCGAUUCGUAAGCAAAUAAUAAAUAAUAUUAAUAAUGAAGUUGAAAAAAAAUCCCGACCGCGUUUAUUAAGCAUAGAAAAUAUUACCCCGAGUAAUUUAAAAAUAAAAAAAGAUGUAAAUUUUUCCCCAUCAAUAAAAUCUGCGGGUAUGUAUUUUAGUUCGCGUUUUGAAAUUUUUAACGAGGACUUAAUAAACGGUGCCGUUGGAAUGGAAAUGAAAAUGCGUAGAAGAAUAAAAAAGCAUAAUGAUAAUUUUGGUAUCGUUAAGGAAACAAUAGAAAAAACUAAAUUAACAAUUAAAGAAAAUAAUAAAAAUUCUGGUAACGGAAAUGGAAACGGGGGUGAAAUAAAAUUUCAAAAUACGCCUAAGAAAGUCGGGUUUGCUGAUGACUGUGAUAAAGAAGAAAAAAAUAUCGCGGAAAAUAAUUUUUUUGUGAAGACUCCGAGGGAAAAGACACCGAAGCAAUUGGGCACGAAUGCUAACGUCGAUGAGUUGACGCAGAGAAGCAAAUUCAGGCGCGUAAAAUCAUUUUUCAAGGACAUUGAAAAAAAUGAGCCCGUUGGUGAUAGUACAGUUGAUAAAGGUGAUAAGAAGGUACUGAAGCGCAGGUCCUCGCAGCAGUUCUUGGAGAGCUUGGGGUAUUUUGAACAAAAAGCUCAAAAGGGAGACAUCAAAGGGACGAUAAAAAAUGAUUUUCCCGGAUGCUUGCAGGCCAAGAGGAUCAUGGAGCUGAAAGCUGAAGACAAAAGAGAUAAAAAUGGAACCCCAGAGGAUACUAGAUGCAAUUUGCCACCCAUAGAACCUAUAAAAGUCGAGCAUAAGAAGUCGUCGGUAGAAAAAAUUGUGAAGAAGAAGCUAAGCAGCAGUUCCUUUCUCAAUUUCACAACUGACUAUUACAACAAAGAUUUGCUGGAAUUUUUUGAAGAAAAAGAAUCCGCUCGCCGUAGGAUUUUAUUUGAUCACCGGCGAUUAAAUUUAUCAGAAGCUCAGCGUGACAUUCUUGUCAAGCAUCUUAUUAACGUUAACAGAGGUUUCAAUCAUCCGACGUACUUAAUGUACUACGUAGUCCGUUUGAUGGAUGACGUUUUCUCACUUUCAACACACAUACCAACAAAGAUAUUACAACUUGUAGCAUUGGCCUGUUAUUGGAUUGUUUUGAAAAGAGAUCAUCAUUUCCAUCGUAUUCCUUUGGCUGAUAAAAUCGUUGCGCUAUCAAGUGGCGCAUUCACAGUUGAAGAAUUAAAUGAAUGGGAGCGGAAAAUAUUACUGUUACUAAGUUUUGAUAUUUCGUAUCCUGAUGUAUCAUCGAUGGUAGUUCUAAAUAUUUUGUCAGAUGCAAAUCUUUCAAGGAUCGGGGAUCAUAAUAUUAGUAACGCUUAUUAUUUCGCUGGCUAUAUGAUUGAAGUAUCGCUAUUUAGUGAACAAUUAAUGAAAGAAUCAUCAACAUUACUGGCAUCAACGAUUGCCGAAUUAUCAGUUGUGUUAGCAAUGACUUCCCCUAAUUCUAUUGAAGAAAUUUCAACAAGUGAUUGGUCUCCUUCGUAUGCAAGUCGAUUUCCAGAGCAAGACAGAAUGCGGGUUCGUUCAAGAAUAAUAAGACAAAUAAUAAAAUCUGUUCAUUGCAGCACUGCAGAACAGUGCGUUUAUUUAAAAUACAAGCGAUCUCGCUAUGGUGCAGUAUCUCGAACUCUCAUUUUGCAAACAACUAAAUUACUGCCACAGCCCAAUGAUUGAACCUCUCAAUCAAUCAAUCAAUUCCGUCAUAAAUGUUAUCUGGUUUUAAUUUACUUAUCAGUUUGAUGUGAAAAAUUUUUUUUAAUUUAUUUAUUAAAAGGUUUUAAAAAAUUUUUGUAAUUAAUUCGAGCUAGUCCUCAUUAAUUAUUAUUGUAAUUGUGUAUAAAAAAAAAUUAUUUUAAUCAAUUGAAAAAAAUGUAUUACAUGUAAUGAAUUAAAUAUA